AUGGCCCAUCGACGCAGCGGCCCCGCCGCCGCCGCCGCCGCGGCUGCCGUCCUCCUGGCACUCCUGGCCGCCGCGGCCCUCCCGGCGACCGCCCUGCUGACGCCGGCGCAGGAGACUGAGUGGCUGUCCUACCAGAAGACCAUCUCCGCAACCGCGGGCGCGGCCACGGGCGCGGCGCUGUCCGGGGCCCACUCCUUCUCGACGCCCCUGCAGGGGAUCCUCUCUUCAAACGUGUACACCGGUGGCAACGGCCGCCUGCGGCGCGUCGUGGCCGACCUGCUCGCCGGCAAGGCAGUGAAGGUCGUAGCCAUCGGCGGCGUCGCCACCAACGGCUCCGACGCCUCCUCCCCAGGCCGCAACGACUACUUUGCGCAGUACGUCGCCUUCCUCUCCCGCGCGUUCCCGGCCGCGACGGUCACGCCCGUCCGCGCGUCGGCGGGGCUCGCGCCGUCGUCGGUGGUGGCGGGUUGCCUGGACCGCUUCCUGCCGAAAGACGCCGACCUGGUGGUCCUCGAGAUGACUGCCAGCGACGGCGCCACCAUGGACGCGUCGAUCGUGGCCCCUGUGCAGCCGCGGGCGUACGAGAUCCUGGUGCGGAAGAUCUUGGGGGCCGCCAAGAAGCCGGCGGUCGUCAUGCUGCAGACCAUGCCCCCCGGCAUGGGCAACGGGACGCGCCCCUUCUACCUGACCCCCGAGAGCCCCGCCUACGCGGCCGUCAGCGGGUACUACAACGUGCCCUACGUAUCGAUGCGCAACGCCCUGUGGCCCAGCGGCCAGCUCACCACCAACGGCCUCCUGGCGUCGCGCGCCGUCGUCGCCGCGGACGGCUCCACCCCCAACGACGCGGGCCACUCCGCCCUCGUGGACUCCUUGGUGAUGCUGACUCAGCGCACCGCCAUGGACCUGCAGCUGCUGCCCUUUGGCACCUGGGACACCAAGCAGGCAGAUGCAGACGUGCCCUCAAAGGUCAUGUUCAUGGGGUCUGAUGCGCAGGCCGCUGCCCUCAAGGCUGCCGCCUGCUCUUGGGUGCGGAACGCCAGCGUGUCGACCACCGGGGGCUGCCCCACGGGGGUCGACCAGCUGUGUGGCCUGGACUACAGCUCAUGGGCCGCCGUCAAGGACGGCUACGCCAAGAGCGUCACCGAGACAUUCGGCGACAACGCGUCCAGCGGCAGCAGCAGCAAGAUGGGCGCCAUCAUCGGCGGCGCCGUCGGGGGCGUGGUGGGCGGCCUCGCCAUCAUCGGCGGCAUCGUCGCCUUCUUCGUCGUCCGACAGAAGCGGCGCGCGGCGGCCGAGGAGGCGGCCUACAGCUCCAAAUUUUCAAUCUCUGGCCUGCCCAUCACCGCAGCGGCGGGCGGCGAGGCGAACGGCGUCAACGGCCACGCGCCGAGCAGCAGCUAG